AUGCCUUCCGCCUCCUUCCCACUUCUACAACUUCCUGUACUUCCCUGUAAACUAGUGUUCCAGCUACUCGAUCCUGUUAAUUUAGUCGAACUCUCCCUAGCCUACCGUUGUGUCAAUCGAUUCCUGAAAGCCUACAAAACCCACGUGGCUCAACUAACCUGGACAUUCGAUGAUAAAGACGCGUUUCCCGGAAUGUUCACGUGGAAAAGAAGCAGUCCGUUUUAUACGUACAUGAGUCUUACUGUAUCGUUUAACGACGGUCAUCAUAUCAAAUAUUAUUUUAUUGGAAAUAACCAAGGAUUCAGACCUGGAAGUCCUGUAGAGACGGUACCCGGAGAGUGGCCAUUACCUAUUGGGGAAUUUAAAGAUAAUGAAUUCUGGAUGUCUGGAAGGCAGACCCUCCUGGAAGCAGAACCUGAAGCACUUGAUAUGAAAGUGAUGGAGAAGUUGACUAAACAUUUCUCGGAUUUAUUCUAUAUCGACGGAUACAAUCUGUAUUAUGGGAGAAUCCAUGAAUUUGAUAUUUUUGACUCAUUUGUCUGGAAUUUUACUCGAAAAUUCAAGAACUUUUCAAUGAGAAAGUUGGAAAUUAAUGAGGAAGACGGAAGAUUUUUGUUGGAAGAUUUGGAAAUUGAGAAUUUGACCAUGGAGGAUGUCAAUAUUAAUAAUUUUAAUAAAAUCACUAAUCUGAGGAUGAAUAUGAAUCAAUCAAUAAUGGAGAUCCAUGACUGCAAUUGGAUUACUAUGAGUAAUAUAAUUGAAGCUCAUGAAUCAAAACUAAUCGAUAUUGAUCUUACGAGAGAUUUGAACGUGAAUCAGCUAGUCAAACUAGUCACUCUUUGGAGAAAUGGACAAAAAUUGAGGAAUUUGGAGAAGUUGAAGAUGGAUUGGACGAGGGGAUGCUGUGGAUUCGAUUCGGAGGACGUGAAGGAGUUUAAGAAGAAAUUGGAGAGUUUGGGAGGAAGACCACACAAUCAAACGCCCUUCCAAUUUCAAGUCGAACGAGUCAUUGAUGGAGAAAUCGCUUUGUUAAGUUUUGAACUUGGAAGACAAUUCGAAAUGGUUCUGCAAAGAGUGUAUGAGAAGGAGAAGAAGGAGGAGGAGGUGGUGGGAGAAGAAGACGAAGAUUUAGAAGAGCAAGAGGAUGAAGAAGAGGGAGAAGGAGAAGAUUAUGAAUCUGAGGAUGAAGAUGAUGAUGAGGAGUAA